AUGGCACCGCCCGAGUCCAAGCCAUCAGACAACCCGCCGCCAGUGACCAACGGCGACAAGAAGGUCACAGUACCCAAAGUCGAGAACCCCAGUAAUGCCGAGCCAGGUCAACCUUUGGCACCUCCACCCAAGCCUGGCGAGAGCGGUGACGACUACUUCUCCAGCAAGUUAAGCCUCGAGCCCAAUCCAUUCGAGGAGUCCUUCAGUGGUGGAGCAGUCGUCGAAACACCAGGCGGAACAAAGUUGCCCAGCGUGGCGGCCUUAACAUCACCUUCGUCCCUGUUGCCAGGGAACGGCAACACUCCGUUCAACUGGGGUGGCGGGUCUCUUAGGACCGGACCUCUCAGCCCAGCGAUGCUUUCGGGGCCGGCAGCUGAUUAUUUUGGCGACACAUCACACUCACUGCGCGGCGGAUUCACGCCGAAUGAAAGCUCUCUCAGGACGGGACUGACUCCCGGCGGUAGCGGUUCCAUGUUCCCUGCCGCCAGCCCCAACUCUGCAGCACUUUUCAACCAGCUGGCAAGCGGCACCGCGACCCCUGGAACACUCGACUUUCAGCGCACUGCUCUCAACGCCGCCAAGGCACGCAACGCCGUGACUCAGCCGCCAACCACUUCUCAGCCUCAAGACACAGCUUCCAACGGCGUUGCUGUGAAGACCGAGUCCAAGCCCGUCCCUGGCGCAUUUGACCCCCACGAUAACGACGCGGCGAAUGGGCUGUUUAUGUUGGCCCAGGGUGCUCAGCAAAGAAACGGGGCCGCUCCAGCAAACCAGCAAUAUCCCGUCGGUGGAAACCAGCCUGUGCACGCGCACCCGCAUCCGGCACCGGUUGCACCGACAAAUACGUCACCUCAGAUGAAUGGAAACGGUUCUUCGGUGGGUGCAACAUCAAUACGUGGAGUAAGCGAGGCUGCUAGUGGUGCAUCGGAAGAAAUGGAACAAAAUCGCACCACGGCCCGCGGUAAGAAGCGUGGUUCAGGUGCGGGCACGACGAAUGGCCGAAGAAAGGCGGACGAACCACCUUCAAAACAACCUGCAAAUAAAAAGGCCAAGACAGCAGCGGUACCCGCUCCUCCAUCACACGAUGGUGAGGAAGAGCACACAUCUGAAGAAGAUGGUGGCGACCACGACGAUGACGAUGACUCGAAACCAAAGUCCAAAAUGACCGACGAAGAGAAGCGCAAGAACUUCUUGGAGCGGAAUCGUGUCGCCGCGUUGAAGUGUCGUCAGCGAAAGAAGCAGUGGCUUGCUAACCUCCAAAACAAGGUGGAGAUAUUUAGCAGCGAAAAUGACGCUCUGACGGCCCAAAUUUCGCAGUUGAGAGAGGAGGUUGUCAACCUCAAGACGCUCCUGUUGGCACACAAGGACUGUCCUGUGACACAACAACAAGGAUUGCAUGGUGCAUUUAUGCAACAAGCCAUGGAGACUUACAACCCUCAAAUGAAUCCAUAUGGAAUGGCUGCUCCACCCAUGGCUAGCAACCAGCCCGUAAUGGCCGGACAGCCAAGACGUUACUCGUAG